ACUCGUCUCAAUUCUCUCUCUGUUUUUCCUUCUGCCCUUGUCUGGAAAUUUCUGGGGCUGAUAGUUGGUUUCUUCAAUCUGAUUAUUGUUGAGUAGACAUAUGGUUUAAGCAGUAUCUGAUGAUGACUGUUUCUAAGAAGACAGUUAUGGCAAUCAAGUCUUACCAAAACCAAGCUGAGUUACUGGUGAGGGACUACUUGCUAGCAGAUCCUUUUGUCCCAUACACUUCUGUCCUUGGUGGCAUAUUGGCUUGCAAAAUGGUCUAUGACAUUAUGCAGUUGAUUAGUUCGUUUUACUUCAGGAGCUAUGCUGCUCUUACGAAAAUCCAAAAGAUUGAAUGGAACAAUAGGGGUAUCUCCACUCUUCAUGCCAUUUUUAUCACGAUUAUGUCAGUGUACUUUGUGAUUUUCGCAGAUCUCUUUUCUGACCGUAGACUUGCUGGCCUUGUCAUAUUCCGAAGUUCACCUCUCUCUACUUUUGUACUGGGGGUUUCUGUUGGAUACUUCCUUGCGGACCUUGGAAUGAUAUUUUGGUUAUAUCCUUCACUUGGUGGAAUGGAGUAUGUUCUGCAUCAUCUCUUUUCUUUAGUUUCAGUAGCAUAUUCUAUGUUAUCUGGAGAGGGGCAGUUUUACACCUACAUGGUUCUCAUCUCUGAGGCAACAACCCCAGGGAUCAAUUUGAGAUGGUAUCUUGACACUGCUGGAAUGAAAAGGUCCAAUACGUAUCUCCUUAAUGGGCUUGCAAUAUUCUUUGCCUGGCUGGGUGCGAGAGUUCUCCUGUUCUUUUACAUAUUCUAUGAUGUCUACUUGCAUUCUUAUCAGGUUAACCAGAUGCAACCAUUUGGUCGUCUAUUGGUUUAUGGGGUACCAUCAGUGCUAGCUAUCAUGAAUUUGUUGUGGUUCGCAAAGAUUGUCAAAGGAUUAAAAAAGACACUGGCAAAGAGGCAGUGAGUGAUAUAUAUGCUUGUAUUUUUAGGAUGCAUUGUCCUAUGCAAUUUUUUUUUCCCUUUUUUACCUGUGUAAAUUGAUAGAGGAAGGGGAGGAGGGGGC